GCUAAAACUGCGUUCGUUAGAACGAGCUUCUCUAGACCGCACGCUGUCACGGUUGAUUAAGGCGUAUAAUUAAUAUAAAAAUAUUAAUCGGGAAUUGGUGUAGUCUCGUCUUGCCUUGGUGCUUUGUUUGUGUAAUAAAUUACCUCGCUGAUCAGCCACAUUUUCUCCACCACAUGCGGAUGUGACGGUUGGAAUUGUUUGAACAUAAUGCGAUUACUUCACAUUAAAUUCGAUUGUAUUCUUUUCUUACAGAGAUGAAUUUCGCAUAUGUGCAAUAUUUUACUGGAACAGCACGACCUAAGACUAUCAUCAGUACAUCUGCAAUUAAAAACUUUGAACCGAGAAGUGAGGUUGACUACAAAAAAGGUCACCUUUAUGAUGCUUUGUUGACUCCAGACGGAGGGGAGCCGGGCUGUUUUAAAGCCCAAAUACUACUUUUGGCAGACUCAAAGUCGUCGAUCGAGGAGAGGAUCAAAAGGGGCAAGAGGAUCCCUCUACCUAAAGUCCUUGACCAGGUUGUUGAGCACAGCAGUUCGGAAGACGACCAAGCAGCUCUUCGGGUCGAAAUGGCUCAGCAGAAAUUGAAUCGUACAAGAGAAGCAACAGCAAAGAUGAAGCAAAUAAUUUCAGAAAAGUUGUCUCAGAAGCGCAAGAACCCACUUUUCCCAGAGGCUCGGAGUGCCAAGCAUGCCAGUUGUACGACGAUCUCCAUCAGAAGUAUCUUGCCCUAAAAAAAACUACAAGGGAACUUAAGGAAGACGUUGAAAAGAUGCGGACAAGAGAGGCCAAAAACACAGACAUUCUGGAUGUGAUUCUUGAGGGUGUAAACAGCAUCAAAUCAAAGCUCGAGA